AGUUGGUGUUCUUUGUUUGAGAAGGAACCAUGGUUGAUAGUCGGAGAGUGGAGACAUUUGUUUCGACAGUUGUUAGGACCGGGUGGUGUCACUUCAGAAACAAUCAGGAUAUCGUAUAUUUAUCUUAAGUCAGCGAUGAGCAGAAGACGGAAUAAUGGGAUUUUAUUUCUUCUGCUCGUGUUGUUUGCAUCCGACUGGUCUACAGCUCAGAUAUCCUACUCGAUCACCGAGGAGGCGGACAAAGGAACUGUUGUCGGGAACCUCGCAAAGGAUUUAAACGUCAACGUCCGAGACUUGCAAAGCAGGAAUCUAAAUAUUGUGUCGGGACACAGUAAGAAAUACUUCGAAGCUAAUUUUAAAACAGGAGAGCUUUAUGUCAGUGAGAGAAUAGAUCGAGAAGAGCUUUGUCUGAACACUGUUAAAUGCACUUUAAGUCUUGAGGCCAUACUGAGUGAUCCUGUAGUGCAUAAACGCAUCGAGGUGGUGAUUAAUGACGUGAACGACAACGCGCCUGCUUUUGCAGAGAAAUCGUUUUCUCUCAAUAUUUCUGAAUCUUCACCAACGGGCGAGCGCUUCUUGCUGCCUUUGGCAGUCGAUGCAGAUUCAGGCAGCAAUUCUGUAAAUGCGUACAAGCUCAGUGUAAAUGAGUACUUUUCCCUAGAUGUACAGAGCGGCGGAGAACACAGCGCAUCUGCUGAAUUAGUGCUGCUGAAAGCUUUAGACCGAGAGAAACAAGCAACUAUUAAACUGACACUCACCGCAGUGGAUGGCGGUAGGCCUCCAAAAACUGGAACCCUCCAAAUCAUUGUUAAUAUUCUCGAUGUGAACGAUAACACGCCGUCUUUCAGCAAAUCACUUUACAAAGCUAGCGUUUACGAAAAUGCUCCAAUCGGGACUAUUGUUAUUCAGCUCAAUGCUACAGAUUUAGAUGAAGGGGAAAACGGAAAAGUAACGUACUCUUUCUUUAAACGUGCAAACUUUAACCCAUCUCAAAUCUUUUUCAUAAAUGAAGAAACCGGAGAUAUCAGCGUUAAAGGUGAAUUAGAUUAUGAAGCGCAGUCAGCGUAUGAAAUACAUGUCCAAGUCACAGACAAAGGUGCGUCACCUCGGAGAUCAAAUGCAAAGCUUUUGAUUGAAGUAGUGGAUGUAAACGAUAACACCCCAGAAAUCGUUGUAACAUCACUGAUGAACCCAGUUAAAGAAGAUGCAGAUAUAGGAAGUGUUGUUGCAUUGGUUACAGUCACGGAUAAAGACGGUGGUAAAAACGGUCAAACUCGAUGUAAGCUUCUUGGUUCAACUCCUUUCAAGUUAAAUAGUAAUUAUAAGAGUUAUUACUCUUUAGUUGUAGAUGGACCCCUUGAUCGAGAAGCACAACCUUCUUACAAUAUCACAAUCAUAGCUAAUGAUGACGGGGUUCCAUCAUUUUCCACCACCGCUGUUAUCAAUGUACAAAUCUCUGACGUCAAUGAUAACGCGCCCAAUUUCGUGGAAUCCGUGAUCAAUAUUUACGUGAAAGAAAACAGCCCCGUAGGAGCCAGUAUUUUUAAAAUAAGCGCAGUUGAUCCUGAUAUAAAUGAAAACGCGAGAGUAACUUAUUCACUAGAAGGUGAUGCCAAAAAACUCCCCGUGACGUCGUUUAUAAACAUUAACUCGGAUACUGGAGAAAUAAUCAGUCUGCAAUCUUUUAAUUAUGAAGAAUUGAAAACAUUCCAAUUUAAAGUUAAGGCUACAGACUCUGGUGUCCCUCCGCUCAGUAGCAAUGCGACUGUCAAUGUUUGUAUUCUGGAUGAAAAUGAUAAUAAUCCAACUAUUUUAGCUCCUUAUUCUGAGCACGGCUCUGUUAACAGUGAGACCAUCCCUUAUUCUGCUGAAGCGGGAUACUUUGUAGCAAAGAUCAGGGCUGUGGACGCAGAUUCUGGAUACAACGCGCUGCUUUCUUAUCACCUGUCGGAGCCCAAAGGAAACAACCUGUUCAGGAUCGGAACCAGCACCGGAGAAAUCAGGACUAAGAGGAGAAUGAGUGACAAUGACCUGAAAAGUCACCCAUUGGUGGUGUUAGUUUCUGAUAAUGGAGAACCUUCUCUGUCAGCCACUGUUUCUAUUGAUGUGAUGGUGGUUGAAACACAGCUGAUGUCCAGACUCAGUUCAGACAUGUUCCUAUAAAGGAGGACAACUUCUCUGAUUUGAACUUGUAUCUACUGAUCGCCAUCGUGUCAGUGUCUGUGAUCUUUCUGCUGAGUCUCAUCAGUUUAAUAGCUGUCAGA